AUGUUAGAGUUGGUAAACUUAGGACAUAUAAAAUCACAAGGCUUUAAGUUAUGUCUUCUGGACAGAAAGAUAAUGGAGACUUAAAGACACAAGGCAAGUUUUUCUCCGUCCUACACGUCCAAGUGGAAUUAAGGUGCCAUAAUUGAUCGUUGAAUUCCAGGUAAACAGAUGAGGUUUUAUUUAACAGCAGCUGACACACAAGUGAUAAUUUAAUUUUGUGUGCCCUGUUUUAAGAAUAAGGAAGAAACCUUAAAAGUUCCAUCAAUCAAAGACCAAGAACUUAUAGUGCAAACUGUGAAUGUAGUACAGAUAAGUUGAAGAUAAUUGCCCUAAUAGAUCUUUGAAGUGGUGGUGAAAGAAGGAUGGAUGUGUGUAAAGUGUGGACUUGAUUAUUCUUUAUUAAGAUUCAAACAGAGGAUGCAGUGAUGAAGCCAGCAGUCCGAGCUCUGAUAUAGCAAAAUAUUCAUCUGUUUAUUGACAUUGAACUUUCUCUUAACUUUGGAAUAUUUCUUAUCUGUGUUUUUUAAAACUUUACUAACUUAUAAUUAUGUCAGAAAAUAGUGAUACAAGCGAGGACAGCUCAAGAUAUUUAAAUGGUAAGGAUCAAGAUGACAUUUGUCGGGAUUAUUUGCGCAAUGUUUGCAAGCGUGGAAGAAGGUGUAAAUACAGGCAUCCUAAUCCCGAUGAAGCUCGCAAUUUAGGUAGAAAACAAGACAUUACAAUAUGUCAUGACUAUCAAAAUACUGGUUGUCGAAGACAAAAUUGUAAAUUUCUUCACAUUACACGUGAGGAAGAGGAACAUUUUAAACAAACCGGACAGUUGCCUGUACGAUUGCAACAGGCUGCAGCUCUCGGCAUGGGAGCACCACCAAAUGUUGACAUUCCACUUUUACGAGGUGAAGUUCCAAUAUGCAAAGACAAUUUAAAAGGAAAUUGCAAAAGGGGAAAUAAAUGUAAAUAUAGGCAUGUUAGUCUUGAGGAUUAUGAGAGAGAGAAACGUCACGAACAAAGAAAUAAUAAGAUGUAUGACCCUUAUGACGAAUCUGAUCGGUAUGAAGGGUAUGAGGGAUUUUCAGGUAAGCGGAGGCGAACAGAUAGAGACUUUGACGGAUAUAAUGGAUUUGAAACAAGGUAUCCUAUACCUGCCCGUCCUUAUAGUUAUCAGUUGCUUGAAGAAGAGAAUGGGAUGUUACGCAGAAAAGUGGAGGAACUCAAAAAACAAGUUGCAGACUUAACUGCAACCAAUGAAGUAUUACUAGAACAAAAUGCACGUUAUAGAGUAAGCCGACCAAAUGUUCAACAAGCCGUAAAUGGAGUGGCUGCACAACCACCCCAGUCCCUAAAUCAUCUAGCAACUAGUUUAGCGCAGCAAAUAGCACUUAAUAGUGAAUUAGUUAACCAGCAUGCAUUGCAGCAGCGAUUAGCGAGGGAAAUGGCAAAUGGUCCUGGAAAUUUAUCUCUGAAUGUUCCGGUCUCUCUUCCACAGAACAACAUGUCCAUGUCAGCAGUGUCCAUGCAUCAAGGUGGAGCUGGGCUAGUGUCCUACCCAAUAGUAUCCCAGGGAAUGAGGUCCAAAGGCAUCCCUAACAGUCUGGGUCCAUUAACUUCCUGAACAGUCAGUCUUUGAUGAAUACCAUGGAAGCCAUAGAGUGAACAGUCCAGAUAAUGAUGAGAUUAAAGGGACAACAGGACAAGAGGAAGGAUAGAAGACUAUUAUAUAUUAAAAGGGAGGCUACUCUUACUUUGGGGACACAAGAUCGAAGGUUGAAAACAUGAUGUUUCAUUGUAAUUUGCAAUUUUGAAAUUAAAGGUAAUAACUUAGAGGGUUCUAAAUUUUCCUGCUGAUGCCUGCUACAGUUAUUUUAUUAGUUUAUUUUUUAACAUGUGUUUUUAUGUCUGUGUCACAUAAAAAGUCUUUUAAUAAGGAGAUACUCAUGUAACUCGAUCAAAACUACAGAAUACACAGAUUCACAAAUUGACAGGACUUUAAAUGUUUAAUCUCAGUAUCAAUCUGGUUAUAUAUCCAGUCACAAGGUAAUGACAAGGCUUAUAUUUUCUAUGAUAUAUUGGCUAAUUUCAACUCAUAGAUAGCUUAUUCCCAGCAAGAAACUUAUCAAAUGAUUUUUAUUCCCUAUCAGAAUAAUUUGCAGACACUAUAAAAUACAUUUUUGUGAUACCACAGUUAAGAAGUAUGAAACAAUAUCCCAUAUUUAUGGUCCAGGUGUAUUUACAAUGGAAGUUUUUACUGAAAGAUCUUGUGUCUCCAGUAAACCUUGAGUGCCUUUCCCACAAGGUGUGGAGAAAGGGCGGUAUUGAUCACCAUGAAUUGGUCAUUGAGAGAGAGAUUGUUUUUAUGCUGUAUUCAUUGUUGAAUUAUUGAUCAAAGUUUGAGACUUCUAGUUAAAACAUAUAGUUAAAUUUUCUUUUGUUGUUUAUUAAGAAUUUAUAAGAUAAUGUUUCAUGCAAAAACUGAGUUUCACAUUGUAGAUACAUUUAUUGUUUUGUUUGAAUACUUUGUAAACAUGUUAUUGUUUUUGAGUGGAAAUAAAUCUUUAUAAAGAUUAUUAUUGAUCAUGUAAAUUUACCGGUACCACAAGAAAACUAGCUUCAUAUUUUCAGUGAAUUGAUUUUUUUAAUCCUUUCAUGAAAUUAUACAGAAGGCCAAAAGUUAAAUUUCUAAUUUUUUUAAACAUACGUUUUACUUACUACAGAAUGUCUAUCUUAAUAUGAUAUGCAAUUAACCUCUGCUACAGGAUACAUAUACUGGUACAACUGUGAGACAUUAAAACUAAUGUCAAAUUAAGUACAGUAUUUACAAGGAAGAUAUUUACUGCAUUUAAAAUACACAAAAUUGUCAGAUUUACAGCACAAACCACUCUCUAGUACAUGUUUGGCAUACUAGUCUGUUUCAAAUAGCAUUUAAUAAAACUUGGAAUCUUACUGAACCACUGUAACAUGCUUCUUUAUACUUCACUGAUAAUUAUUGAAAAUUUUAAUGAACUAUUCUCUUUUGAGAAUACUCUGAUAAAAAUCUUGUAUUUGGAUACAGUGUUUUACUGCAGACGUUGAGUGUCUAUCACUAUAGUAGCUUAAUGAAGGCAUGCUGUAUAACACCACCAUACUGUAAUAUUUGAAGAUAGUUUUUCUGAUCCAUUGUUACUGUAUUACCUUUUUAUAUAUAUUGGAUUGACUAAUCUGUUGCAACGUUCAUCUCACAAAUUAUUUUUUGUAAACUGCAAGGCCGUACCUUGACCUAUAAUGGUUUACUUUUAUAAAUUGUUACUUGGAUGGAGAGUUGUCUCAUUGGCACUCAUACCACAUCUUCCUAUAUCUAUACACAUGUCAAAAGACAAAUUUUAUUUGGUUUCUCCGUGUUAUUGUUAUGCUAUUUUAUUUUGACAAUGCUUGAAAAAGUACAAAUCACAAAGCUGACAAAAAAGCUAUUUGAGGGUUGGUUUAAUUGUUUGUAUAUGGUGUAAGAGAGAUAAUUCAUUUUACAUUUGUUUGAUAGGGAAGUGAGAAUGAUGUUGCCAUGUGGGUCCCAUAAACUUACAAAAUGUUUAUAUUUUUACAUGUCAUGUAAAUGAAUCAUAUUUUGUGAUGUAGAGUAGUUAUGCAACAUGUUUCCAUGGAUAUGAGUGUUAUUACAUUGGAACAGUCUAAAUUAUUACAAGAUUGCUGUCUAUAAUAUGUUUAUAAAAAGACAGAGAAUAUCUUAUUAUUUCAUCUGAAUGUCUGAAUUGAGAAAUAUAUUUUCAUUGCCAUGUUUUUAGUUCAUUAUUCAGUGGUAUGAUAUGAUGACAAUUUCCACAAUCAGUCGAUGAUUUUGUACAGUAUUUUGGAUGCCAGCACAUUGUAAUAAAGGCUUUCUACCAAAAUUCUGUAUAAUCAAAAUUCUAUAUUUUGAUAAAAUAAAAAUUGUUAAUAGA